AUGAAACUCCAGACGGUGCUCCAGGCGCUGUUAAUCGCUGGGGUCUUUGGGGAACCCUUGACUAAUUCGACCCACGAUGUUUCGAGCGGAGACGAUGACCCGAGCGUAAUGAAGAACCGUGCAGGUUGGGUCAACCCGGAGGACUUGUCACCAAUGCCGCAGUGUAUCGCGCAACAGGAGCAGUCCGCUUGGUUGGAUGCCAUGACAAAGUGCACUCGCCACCGCUGCACUUCCGCCGAGUUCUCGCCCAGCGUUGUUAAGCGCUACAGCAAAUACUGUAGCAGGUCGGUCCUCGCAAAGGCACAGCUUCAUCACUGGAUUCAGGCGACAACUGGUAGAAACUGGCUUGUUGAUGUUGGAGAUACGAAUAGCUUGCAAAGCCUAUCACCCAAAAGUCUGACCGACGGAUAUGCAUCCGUAGACAUUGCCAAUAAAGCGCCAGCGUGCCUGAGAGACUCGCCCUCCGCCGGGACCCGAGAGACAUUCGACCAUGUCAUCGGCUCCUGCAGCUUCACGGCUACGACACAACAUACCGGGAAUGCAGCUCGUCCAUGGGAGUACAACAGCCGGCGAAACUCCAUGACAUCUCUCAGUUUCGACACCGCAAGCUACGACCUGACCAGCGAUCAUGUUCCCACGGGAGAGUAUUUCGACAAAGCCUGUUUUUGCAACACCUUUGCUAUGCCCCAGCACGAAGAACCAUGCUCUUCAUCGAGCCCGGAGGAUCUCGACACCCAGCGGCGAUGGAUGAACGAAACUUGCGGUUACACGUGGCGUGAGCCGCCGCGACUUCAACCUCGUGAUAUGAUCCCAUGGCGAUGGAGGAUCUACCCCAGAUCCGCGGAAGGCGAUGCGCAAUGCCCUUCCAAUGAAUGGAAGCUGAUGAGUAUCGGCUUGGUCAACUUGGUAACAUUCUUUGCUGUACUCCACGCCAACAAUUCACGGCAGAGUCACACCACCAAUUCCCGUCCGCUAUUCUACAACUCAGCGCGAUGGAUCUUGGGAGGAGUUCUUCUCGGGUGCAUCCACCUGCUCGCCAAUUUAGCCAACACAACCAUCGUCCAGAAUACCCCUGGCUACAAGGACGUUCCCGCCAUACAGCUCAUGUUGCUUUGGUGUUCACUACCUCGCCUCAGCUGGCUUCCCAUCUCGUCUCACGGCACCAAGAAUCCGGAGUUCCAGGACAUGACUUCCUCGAUGUCUGCAAUGUUUGCGGAAGCGAUCCUUCAGGCCUUCUCAUUCUACCACAUAAGUUUGACAGUGAACUAUGGUCGUAUCCACAACUUUUACUUCGGAGCUUUGUCAAGGGCGGCAAGAUCACCAUUUGCUGCACUCAUGUUUGGCGGUGCACUUCUAUGGCUGUUCGUUGUUGCGAUGAUGGCUGUACCUGUCAUACGUACGAUACGAACUCCCGGCAAGCUUACUGAGAAAGAAGAUGGUGAAUCGGGUGCGGACUCGAAGGAGUGCACGAGACCAAAGGAGGAGGAAUGUCUGUUACCAAAGUCGCAAACGGGAUCUGGAGGUCACAACUACGGGACCCUUCCUGCUGAAGUCGAGUCUCUUGCUCCGUUCAUGAGACGCCAUUCACGACUUCACAUGACCUUGGCCAUGGGAGUACCUGUUCUUUGGCUUGCGCAAUGGUUAUUCUGGAUCGGAUUCAUCGGACUGAGCUCCCAUGAUUUCUGCCUUCCAUCGGUAGAGACUCUGACGGGCGUUUGGCUAGCCUCCUCUUUGGGAAGCGUCAUUAUUAGAUCUUAUCUGUGA